GGGACGUCCGUUUUCUGCCCUGCAGUUUGAAUUUUCUAAAGAAGCCGAGCAAGGAGUGUCGCGCCCAAAGUUUUAGGCCAUGAGCUGGGCGGUGGAGGAAUGGAAGGAUGGACUUCCGGGGAAAGCCCUGCAGAAGAUCCAGGAGAUGGAGGUCCAGCUGGACAAACUCAAAAAGGAAAGGACACAGAAGCAGUUUCAGCUGGACUCUCUGGAAGCUGCCCUGCAAAAACAGAAACAGAAGGUGGACAGUGAACGCACCGAGAUCUCGGCUCUGAAAAGAGAAAACCAGAUGAUGGUUGAAUCGUGUGACGCGCUGGAGAAAACUCGUCAGAAGGUCGUUCAUGAUCUUGGAGUCAAAGAGCAGCAGGUGAGCUACCUGGAGGGUCAGCUUAAUUCCUGCAGGAAGACCAUAGAGCGCCUGGAGCAAGAACUCAAGAAGUACAAAACUGAGCUGGAUCGCUCUCAGCCUGCUGGCUCUUCCUCGCUGUCGUCGUCUUGCUCCGAGCUGCAGGCGUACAGCUCCCCACAGAAGAGUUUCGCUACGCCGUCUCCUUUCCCCGCACGCAGACAGCAAGACAACAAACUGGACGAGCUGCUGGAAAAGUACAACCAUGAAGUGGAAGAAAGAAAAAAGCUGGAGAGUGAGCUCAAAGUCUUGCAGGUCAAGCUGCUGAAUCAGUCAUCGGUCAGCGUCAGCCACAAGGACAUCGCCGCCCGCCAGGCCGGAUCGUCCAUUUUCCCGUGGCAGGAUCAGGUCCACAGCCUGCGGGGUCAGGAUGCGAUAGAAACGCCCCUGAAGAGACGGGGAGCAUCUCUGUGGGACGCCCACGAGGAGACGCCGAUCAAGCCUUCCCAGCGGAUGAGUUCUUCCAGGACUCUCCAGAGUCCCAGUGGAUCCUCCCAACAGAUGGAGCAGCUGAAGACUCUUAACCAAGAGCUGCGUGGCCGUGUAUCAGAGCUGGAGAGGAAUCUGGCCGCUCAGGAGAAGGAAAUCCGUAACCAAGCGUCGAAGCUGCAAGAACUCCAAACCAACUUAAACCAGACUCGCAAAGACCUGGCAGAGCGGGACAGAGAGCUGGCCAAGGCCGGCCAUGAGCUGAGCCAAGCUGCAAACAGACACCAGGAGCUGCAGGCAAAGUGUUCGUCGGCCGAGCAGAAGCUGAAGCAAGUCUCUGAGGAGAUGAGCUGUCAGAGGCACAACGCUGACAGCUGCAGGCGAGCUCUGGAGCAGAAGCUCAAAGACCAGGAACGAAACAGUCAGAAGGAGUUGGCUCAGCUUCAGAGUUCCUAUCAGGCUUUGGAUCAGCAGCUCAACCAGAACCGAGCCAAGCUCACGCAGGAGAUCCAGCAGGCCAAAAAGGACAACAAUGCGCUCGAAGCGGAAAUGAAGAAGAUGCACGUGCAGAAGAGUCAGAUGGAGAGAGAAGUCGAAGAGCAGAAACAGAAGCUGCUGCGGUCAGAGCAAAGCCUGCAGGCCACUCAGACCAAAGAGCAAGACCUACAGAAAAAGAUGGAGGAGCUACAGAAAGAGAAAAACAGCGUGACCGUCCAGCUGGACCGGAGCACCAGAUCCCUUUCUCAGCUGGAAGAAGAGAAGCGGAGCUCAGAGCAGGUGCUCAAACGCACCCAGGGUCUGCUGGAUGAUCUCAAAGCGAAAUCUGAAGCGGAGGCCGAGGAGCUGAAAAGAGUUCAUUCAAAACUGGAGCAACAGACCCAGACAUCAGCCAGAGAGCUGGAAGACCUGAAGAAGACGCUUUCUGAUGUAGAGUCCAGAAAUGACAAAUCCCAGAAUGAGCUCCAGAAGCAGAGGCAGGAGAGUGAGACUCUGAGCAAUAAGCUGACGGUGCUGGAGAAGGAGAGCCAGCAGCUUAAAACCAACCUGACUGAGAGUCAGGGCGAGUGUAAGGCUUUGAAACAGGAACACCACGCUCUGCUGGAGUGGAAGAAAGACAAGGAGAGCUUAAUAAACCAAACCGAGGCCGUUCAAAAGGAGCUCACUGACAAAAUUAUCAGCUUGGAGGGCAACGUGAGCCUGCUGAAUGAGGCCAAUAACGAACUUCAGAGCAAGAUCUCCUCCAUGGAGUCAGACAAAGCCAGCCUGUCCGCCCACAUCGAUUCCUUGAAAGGAGAACUCCUCAUCAAGAGCACGGAGCUGGAGGAGAAGGAGCAUCAGUAUCAGCAGCUUCAGCUCCGGUUCUCUGAAGCUGGGCAAAAACACAGCAAAGACUUGGAGAAUGUUGGGAAGCAGCUGGCUCAGCUUGAAGGACAGGUUAAGGAACUGGAGUCCAGGCUGCAAAGAGAAACUGCUCGAGCAGAGCUUGCUGAGAAGACGAACUCUGAGCUGCUGGAGGAACACCAGGCUGCGUGUGACCUGAUUAGCUCCAAAGAUCAGCAGGUGGACCUGUGGAUGGCUGAGAUCAGCCAGCUGAAGGAGAGCCUCGCUCAGUCCGCCGCGCUGCAGGAGAAGCAAAAUGCCAGCUUCGCGGAGGAAAAGGCCGCCAUCCUGAAGCAGUGUGAGGAGACGGUUUCAGAUAAGACGGAGGAGAGGGAGCGCAUCAAGCUGCAGAUGGAGGAGGUCCAGCAGGAGCUGCAGCUCUCCAAAGAUAAGAUCACUUCCAUGGAGCAGAUCCUGAAGGUCCAGGAACAGCUGGGAGCCGAGCUGCAGAAACAAAUCGAGACCGUGUCUGGUAAGGAGGAGGAACUCACGAAGAUGUACGAGGAGAAAUCAGAGGAGCUCAGACAGCUGGAGAAGGAGCUUCAGGACCAGAGGAGCCUGACGGAGGAGGCGGCGAAGCAGCUCAGAGAGGCUGAAGCUCGCAUCGUCUCUGUGGAAACGCAAAAGUCUGAACUGGAAAAUCACAUUCAAGAGAUGAAGAAAGAAGCAGAGGUCCUGCAGCACGGUCAGACUGAAAGGAUAAACGCUCUACUGGAGCAGAUCUCAUCUCUGGAAAAGCAGGCCGCUGCAAACCGAGGAGCGGCAGAGGAGGUUCCCGUUUUAAAGGACAAACUGGACGUGGUCAAUCAGUCCCUCGCUCACCUUAACAAAUCUCUCGAGGCUUCAGAAAAGAGCCUCCGCUCGGCAAACGAACGGAAGGCUGAUCUUGAGAUCGCCCUGUCCGAGAAAGCGAAACUCCUCUCCGCUUUGGAGGAUCGAGUCAACGACCUCACUGAGAAGAUGAGGAGAGAGUCCGAGAGCCACGUCUCGGAGAUCGAAGACUUCGUCAAUAAGGAGAAGGGCCUUAAGGAGCAGCUGGAAGACGCUAAGAAAUCACUAGCCGCGGCCAAAGCCGAGUCGAGCUGUCGUCGGGAGGAGAUCCGAACCAUGAAGACGACUCUGUCUGCGGCCUCGCGUGGCCUGCAAGAGAGAGACGGCACAAUCAAGAGUCUGAAGGAGAAGCUGAACAAAGCAGAGGCAGAGCAGUGCAAAGCCUCUGAGCUCCUGAAGGAGAAGAUUGUGGCCAUGAACAAAAUUAAGGUGCAGCUGGAGAUGGUGCAGAUGGACCUGGAGGACAACGAGACCGCCAUUAACUCUGUGGAGGAGUUGAAGGGAACCGUGGCGUCACUGGAGGCCCAGCUCGCUCAGAACCAGAGCCAGAUCUCUGACAUGGAGGCCAUGCUGCAGGAAAGCAAAGCCCAGGUGUCUGUCCUGGAAACCCGUUUGGAUGAGGUCCAGUCCCAGAACUCUCUGCUGGAGACAAAAUACACGACGGCCAAGGAGGAGCUGCUGGAGAGGAGCUGUGAGAUAAGCCGCCUGGAGGAAGACUCCGUCAAACGGCAGGAGCUGGAGGAGACCAUCUCUGCCUUGGAGUCCAAACUGAGUCGAGUUACCGAGGAAAGCUCAAAGCUGGAGACGACACUCAGGCAGAUCAUUCAGGAAAAAGACAACAGUGUGGAUCAGCUGAAUGAGCAGAGAAGCAACCUGGAGCUUUCAUUGAGGCAGUUGCUGGAUGACCAGGAACGAGCUGCCGCCGAAAUCAGCCAGGUAAAAGAAGAGAAUGAGGAGCUGGAGGAGAGAGUGAGCAGCCUGUCAGGGGAGAUCCAGCGACUCCACGCUAACGUCAGAGAGCUUCUGGAGCAGAAACAAGAGGCAGAGGCACAGAUCGAUCGGAUGGCUGCAGACACACGCCAGACCGAGUCUGCGCUCAGUCGGGUCGCUGAGGAGAAAGCCCAGCUAGAUCUUACUCUGAGCUUAAUCAACGAGGAAAAAGUUCAGCUUCAGGAGACGGUGCUUACGUUAACCCGUGAGAAAGGAGACUCGGUGAAACAGGCGGAAGAGGAGAAGCUCCGGCUGGAAUCUAACUACGGCGAAAUGGCCGAGGAAAACCUCACGCUGCAGUCAGAGGUUCGCCGUCUGUCCGCAGAGAAGCAGCAGCUGCAGACCAGCAGAGAGACGGCGGAAGAGGAGAUGGCCUCUCUCAGGGAGGAGAACGAGUGCGUCCAGCGCUCCCUGCUGUGUUUGGAGGAGGAGCGGCAGAAACUGAAAGAGCAGCUCAAGACGAGGGACGAGAUGAACGACGAGGAGAACAAAGAGCGGAGCCAGCGGUUUGAGGUCGAGCAGGCUGAGCUCCACCAGAAGCUCUCGGUCCUCCAGACGGAGCUGACCGCGCUCCAGCAGCAGUACGACCUACUGCUCGAACAAGUGGGCCAACAGCAGCGCCUCAUACAACAGCUCACAGAGUCCGGGGGAUACCCGAAUCCGGCUGAAAAUAUGACCCACGUAGGACCCAAAGACACAGAGGAAGGGGAGACGGCUGUGCAGACUCGGCCAAACCCAGAACUUGACGCCGGCAGCAGCACCUGUGCGGAGUCCGAUCCGCUGCAGGAGCAGGAAGAGGAGUCUAGACUGAGCUCCGACCAGGACGUUCGUGAUGCAGAGCUGCUCUCUCAGGAGGGGGCCUCUGACCAGGAGAUGCUCAGCGAUGAGGUUCAGGAAAACCCACUUAACCAGCAGGUCUCUGAAGAGGACCGCUGUCCCUGUGAAGGUGUUAAAAACGAGAAUCUAAACCCUGAUUCGUCUUCCUUCCAAAGUGGUCUGAAAAUGUCUGGUCACGAGCCUUCGCCGGUAAAAGAUGAUGUCAGCCGUUACACUGAGAUGGUCUCAAAACAACAAGGUGAGCUGGAGACGCUGCGCGCAGAGCGUGACCAGCUGAGCUCGGAGCUUCAGCUGACGACAGAGCUGACCUCAGAACUGAAGGUCCACGUCCACAGCGUGGAGAAGGAGGCUCACGCUGCAGAGGAGCGAGCACGGGGCGCAGCUCAACAGCUGAGCACCGCUUUGGAGGAGAAGAAGAGUCUUUCGAAUCAGGUGACCCAGCUGUUGGAGGAGAGGGAGGCGUUAACGCUCCAGCUGGAAACCUCAAAAUGUCAACUGGCUGACGUUAUGGAGAUGUUGGAAGGGCUUGAGAUGGCCAAAGGUGGAUGGGAUGAAAAGUUCCUUCAGCAGGAGAGUGAGCUAAAGAGGGUCCGCUCUGAAAAGGCCAACCUGGAGCAGCACAUCCUGGGAAUGGAGUCUGAACUGGAGAGCAUGCAAGCAGAAAGCACCGGGCUUAAGGAGGAGAUGGAGACCCAGAGGAGGACCUGUGCAGGACUGGAGCAACAGAUAGAAACUCUCCUCACAGAGACAACCCAGCUAAGAGCUGAACUCGUGUCCUGCACCGAAGACCGAGAUGAGCUGAGUCAGUCUUUAUCCCACUGGAGAGACAAGGCUCAUGGGUUGGAGAAGACGAACUGCGACACCAGAAAUUUAAUAUCCAUCCUGGAGGAUGACAUCCGGCUAGGAAGGAAGGAGUACGAAGCUCUGCGGAGCAGCGUGGAGGCCGUGAAGGCAGAGAGAGAGCAGCUGCUGCAGCAGGUUGCGGCGCUAGAAGACGCCAUAUCCAAACUGCAAAGGGAGAAAGAGGAGCUACUCAACCGUCUUAAUGAGAUGAAAGACGAUCAUACCUCGACCAAUCAAAACACAGAGUCCAUGGCUGGCAAAAUCCAGGCUUUAGAGGGAGAGGUCUGCCGCCUUUCCCAGUCCCUCGAGUCGUCUCUGCUGGAAAAGGGAGAGAUCGCCUCUCGGCUGAACUCCACUCAGGAUGAAGUGCGGCAGAUGAGGACGGGCAUCGAAAAGCUCCAGGUCCGCAUCGAGUCGGAUGAGAGGAAGAAAAAGAAGAUGGGAGAGCUGCUCAAAGAGGCCCAGAGAAAGUCUGACUCCCUGCAGGAUCGCAUCGACGCUCUGGAGAGAGAGAAAGAAGAGUCGGAGCAAAAUCUGGAGGAUGCUGUGCUGCAGGCUGAAACGGCAAAAGCUGAUCUGGAAGAGGAGAGGAGAAAGGUGGAGGGAAAGAAGGAGGAGCUCGCUGAGCAACUUUCUGAGCUCUCUGCCACUUUGGACACCCUGAGGUCUGAGAAAGCUCGCUUAGAGAGAGAGCUGGACGCGAAAAACGGAGAGAUAGAGGAGCUAAAGGCCGCUAAGGACAAACUGGAAAGGGGGCUGCAGCAGGCAGAGGUGGAUAGAAGAGAAGAGCUGGAAAGAGAGAAAUGCAGACUAGAGGAGCUGGAGAACAGGACAAGAGAGGAAGCUGAGAGACAAAGUGUGAGGGUGGGAGACCUUCAGGGCAAGCUGGAAGCUUCUCAGCAGAAGGAGAGUUUCCUCGAACAGGAGAAGGAGAAGAUGCAGUCAGCGUUGCUAGAGUUGGAGGAGGAGAAACGGGGCCUGCUGAGCUCCCUGCAGGACCUUCAGACAGAGAAGGAAAGGGAAACUCUCAAUUUAAGGACAACCGUCGAGUCUCUAGGAGAAGAAAUAAAGGAUCUUAAAACACUUGUACAUGCCAAAGAAGACCAAAUUAAUGCUUUGGAGAAAGGGAACGAGGCAGAGCAGGGGCUAGCUUCAGACAAAUCCACCUCCUCAGUCUUGGCAGAGAAGGAAGAGCUGGAGCAGGAGAGGGACGAGCUUCAGUCUGCUCUGGUGUCUGUGAAACAGGAGAAAGACAGGCUAGACCGGGAGAGAACAGAGUUAGCCGAGGAGAGAGCAAAGCUUCAGUCCAAGGUGUCGUCUGUGGAAGAGGAGAAACUUGACCUCCAACAAGCCCUCUCCUCGACGAGGCAGGAAAAGCUGAGGUUGGAGGCUACCACGGAAGAACUGCAGUCCUCCCUGUUAAUGCUGGAGGAGGAGAAGAACAACCUGUCCUCAGCUCUCUCUCUGCUGGAAGAAGAGACGCAGCAGGCCAGAGAAGAGAAAGAGAGGCUCGCACAGGAGCACGAGGCUCUCCAGAAAGCUCUAGCCUCCAUGGAGAAAGACCUGGAGGCGCACAAGCAGGCAGUCUCCCAGCUCACUGAGCAGGUUUCUGAGUUGACGUCCAGCGGAGCCCGACUGUCCAAAGAGAGAGACUCUGCCCUGAUCAAAAUGAACCUGUGGAUGAAGAGCUGCAAGCAGCUGGAGCAGGACAAGCAGGACAUCUUAACCAGCUCAGAGAAGGGAAGAAGCAGUGAGGAGUCGCAGGCUGAAGUGGCCCAGCUGAGGGCGGAGGCAGAGGACAGAAAGAAAGAAGUGGAAGAGCUGAAGAGCGCCCUGAAAAAGAAGAAGACAGAGGCUGAGGAAAGACGGCAGGAAUUUAUAGAGAAAGACAAAGAGGUGAAGGAAGUUACAGCCGCUCUGGAGGGGGUGAAAAAGGAAAUGCAGGAGAAGGACAGAGAGCUGGAGGAGAUCAGAAAGGAGCUCGGUGAAGUCAACACUCUUCUUGAGGAGAAAAGCACAGAGGCUGAUGAGAGCGUGGAGAAAUACUGCAGCCUGAUGGUCAAAGUCCACAAGCUGGAGGAGAGCAAUGACGCGCUGAAAUCCCGACUGGAGCAGGUCACUGCAGGCCAACGGGCCAGCCAAGGCAAGAGCCCCUCUGAAACUCGCCGCCGUUCAGCAAGGAAGUCUUCCUCCAAACCCGGUGGAGAGAAAACCGACGACAACACAGAGAACGUGGGACCCCCGACAACUCUGAGCCCCCUGCAGGGAUCCACGCCGGGGAAACGGGCGCAUAAGGAAGUCGGCGACAGCGUCCAGGAGGUUCUACAGAACCUGACGAAGAAACUCAAAGCCAACACCAUGACACCCAGGGCAAGAGAGGAGCAGGAUGAGGAGUUCAGACCAGAAGGCCUGCCCGACCUGGUGCAGAAAGGGUUUGCUGAUAUUCCACUGGGGGAGGCCAGUCCGUUCAUCGUCAGGAGGACCACAGGGAGGCGCUGCAGUCCUCGGCUCGCUGCAAAGCAGACUCAACCUGAUGUCAAGGCGUUGGGACCCAUCCAGCUCCAGAGUCCUGGUUUACCGACGGACAGCUCUGACAGAAGGCACCAGUCUCUGCGUAGCGAACAGAAACCUCUGCAUUGGUCGUUGAAUUUACAGAAGGAACCAGAGCAGAGAGAGAAACAAGUUUCAGCGGAGCAAACAAAACAUGGAGAAAACUGUCAAGUUCAGUAGAUCACUUCAUGCACAUGUAGAAACACACCAAGGGCCAAAUGUUGGCGUUUAAUCACACGAUGUUCUUUAAAAUAUCACCUUAAACUAUGUAGCACCUAAAAUGUACACAUUGUUUCCCGUUUGGUGAGAAGACACUUUCUUCCUGGACUGAAACAAGUGCAUUACCUGUUCUGUUUAAUUUGCAAAAAAAAAAUUAAGGUAGAAACAAAUAUGCAAAUAGUAUUUUAUUUUAUUUUUUUCCUAGAAUUGCUUUUUGGUCAAAUCUUUUUAAGGAAACCCCUUUUUUAAAAACACAUUUCUACGCUUUUAACGCCGCCAAAUGUAUUGUAAUAAAUGUGUCGUGUUUUUUUUUUUUGCUUUUUUUUUUAACUACCACUCACUUGCAUUGGAAGAAACGUCUUGUAGCUGAUCUUGUUUUUGGUAGAUGACUGAGGCUGAUAAUAUUUUUCUUAACAUUUUCUUCUCACUACAAGUUUCUUUUUAUAUUUGUGUUUUCCUGCUGUUUGUUGAUCUUUAAUGAUCAUUGUAAAUAGUCAUUACCGUAAUUCAGAAAUAUCUUCUUUUUUUUUACUAAACCAAUUUACAACCUUGAA